AUGUCAUCGCCCCAUCAGCGACAAAGCAGCAGCUCAAACUUGCAAGGCGAUUUUUGCGUCGAAGUCAUGGGCAGUCAAGAGUCUUUGGAUCUUGACUGUGGCAAGUUUUAUACGGAAUAUAUUCUACGUUGCUCGUGGAUUGAACGUAAUGGGAAGCCAGAGAUUUGGGACGUCACUCGUCGCUAUCGCGAGUUUUGUGCAAUUGACAUACUGUUGCGUGAAAAGUAUCCGUCACGUGCAUUCAUGUUUCCGUAUUUACCUAGCAAAAAGUAUAUCGGUUCGUCACUAUCAGCUGACUUUGUCGACAAGCGUCAGCGUGAUCUCGGUUAUUACAUAAUGGCCAUUCUAUAUAGUUGUCCAUUGCUUGUAAAAGAUGAAAUCAUUGACUCUUUCCUCGAUAUCAAGCGGCAUAUUUUAGAACGUGCACGAGAGGAAGUUCGCACCAGCUGCUUAGUUUCUAGUGGGACAAAUGGUGGUGUUGCAAUCAUUGAAUAA